CUGAGAACGAGACUAAGAGGAAUACUGACACGCACCCCCAAAGUAAAAAGUCUGGCUACGAGACUACAAUUCAAUCUGCACUGAGCUAGCUGAGAAGAACCGAGUGAGAAUGUCUCUGCACCGAGCCUUGACUGUUCCUUGUUCUGCUACAAGGGGGAUAAAUGCUAGAUUCAGUCCCAAUCAUAUGGUUAGGUGGCAGCAAACUGGAGCUACUGGUGGUGGUGGUGGAUCUGGUGCAAGGAAGUUACUGCUCUACAUGCUCACAGGUGUUGGGGCAACAGCAGCUGGAUCCAUUGUAUACUCGAGCUAUGACCCAAGGUUUAAGAACAUAGUCAACGAGUACCUCCCAGGGUUCAGCAGUGUGACAGAUUCUGUGACAGGACAGUGGAAAAGCAUUAUCGGCUCUACCCAGAACUCGAAAAAAGUUGAACUUGUGUAUAAAGCUGAACGAAGUAAAGACACACAUGUAAUUGUUGCUCCCAAAAUUAUCAAACCUGCUGCUACUAAGAUCGAAACCGUUACUGAGAAGCCCAAAAUAGAUAUUCCUCCAGUAGAGAAAGAGACUAUUUCUGAAAGAACACCUACAGUAUCACAGCCUGAGCUCACUAAGCCACCUAAAGCAACACCGGAAGAUUCUCCCAUUAUUGAAUCGACUCCUAUUGCCGCACAGCAACAGCCUGAGAGUACCCCAGUUGAUGCAGCAAUGGCUACCGAGGUGGAAACUAUUGAGAAACUGGUGGAUGAGGACCCUCCCAUUGAGCCUGAUGUCUUGCCAGUUGAAAAACAAACUCCUAAACAGACGUUGUACCCUGUUGAGAGUGCUGUGGCCUCUGUGAGGGAGGAGACAGAGAGGGUGGCUGAGAAGAUCCUAUCAGAGCAAGUCAAGGACCAUCAGAGCUCUCAAUCUGUCAGGGAACAGUGGAUGCAAGACACCUCCAAAGUCGAUGCCAAGCUUCAAGAAACGUUUGCAGAUCUCAAAGCUCUGUCCAGUAAGGUGGCCACAGCACAGGGUGCUGUCAUAGAAGCAGUUAAGUCACACCAACAGAAUAUGUUUGAGGUCAUCAAGAACAAUCAUGAUGGUACGGGCACCAUGGAGACACUGGCAGAGGACAUUGCAAGUUCUGAGGUGGCUAUUGAAGACAGAAAGAGGGAGCUUGAUGAAGCUACUCUCAAGCUCCAGGAAAAAACUGCUGAUAUCAGCUCCAUCCUCAUAGCUGCUGGGGAGGUGGGACUGAAGUCAAAGGCUGAGGAGAUUGAAGGAGACGUCACCAAACUGAUGGCUGACCUUGACGUAGGGGAGAACAACCUUCUUGAGGCAGAGACUUCCAGUGAGGUUCUGAGAGACUAUCAUGAAGAGACAAGAAGGAACAGAGAGCAGCUGCAGAAAGAGCUUGGUACGGUUCCACCCCAGGCAGAUCUGAAGCAAGAGGCUAUCAUUCUCAUGCAGAGUAAGAGGAUUGAUGUCCUUAAGCAGAAACUGGAUGAGAUAGAACAGGAAAAGGCAACCUCUCUGGGAGCAGCUCUUGACAAGCAGAAGCAAAAACUUGAAGAACUUGCUGUUGAGAAAGUGAAGCUAAAACUUCAAAGACAAAGGCUUCAAAUGGAUCAGGAAUAUGCCAGAAAGGAGUCUGAGAUUGCCUAUGAGUUUGAAGCUGAACUGAGAGAGAAGAUUCGCCUUCAGAGUGAGGCACAUGCUAGCCACCUCAGAGAUGCCCUGAGCUCCCAGGCCGAUGAACUAGCAUCUGUAUGGUCACAGGAACUGGAGCUGAAACUUAUCGAACAGGAGGCCCAAUACCAGAUUGAAAUGAGCAAGGCCAUGGCACGGCUUAGAGGAAUAGAGUCCAUGGUCAACACAAUUGCCAAUGCAGGUGAGCUGACUCGUCAUCAACAGAUCAUCCGUAAUGCUUGUGACACUCUGAUUGGAGCACUGGAUCAAGCCAACGCAAAUCCUGACGAUCGAUUCACCAUCUCAAAAGAAAUUGCUUCUCUUCGCAAAGCAGCCCGUGGAGACAACUUUGUACUGUCCGUCAUCGAGUCAAUACCCAAACAAGCUUCGAGUGAGUCUGCUGCUGGGAUCCAAUCUGAGUCUGGUCUGCAGGAACGGUUUCAGAAGGUCUAUCAAAUUAGCAAACGUGUUUCACUUGUUCCUGAGAAUGGAGGUGGACUAGGCACUUAUGCGUUAUCCUUUCUUCAAUCGCUACUGGUGUUUAACUUGCGGGGAGUAAAGGAAACAAAAGAUAUUGAUCGUUUGGACACAUUUGAGUUGCUGAGUCUUGCCAAUAGUUCAGUGCAGAGGGGCGAUCUUGAGAAAGCUGUCUGGUAUAUGAGUCAUUUGCGUAACGAGUCUGGGCGAGUGGCCCGAGACUGGCUGGAGGAUGCUAGGCUAUAUUUAGAGACUCAGCAAGCUGUUAGAGUAAUUCAGACUUAUACCUCAGCCACCAACAUAGCAUUCAAUUGAACCGUACCUUUUUGUAUUGUUGCUGUAUUGUUCAAAUUUGUUUGCAAUUAGUGUUCUUUUAAUAUAUGGAGUGGUUGUAAUUGUGUAUAAUUAUCUUUGAUUGUUAAAUUUUUGAAAA